GUUGGAGUAUCGCCUGAGCUAAAAAGAACACAUUGGACCAGCUACAAGAAGUAUUCCGCCCUGAUUUAGGGGCCAUUUUUUGUGCCAAUUUCUUCUGCAAUUUUCUUCAUCUGUUCUUCAUGAUCUCUCUGCCGAUGAUAUGUCUCAUGUCUCAAUCCAGUCGCCCAAGUUCGCUACGCCCUCUAUCUCUCUCUCCGUGCUGCUAAUAUAGCUGGUCCAAUAUAUGCUUUCUUGAAAUUUGAUUCUCCAAGUUCCGCUCUUCAACUUCAGUAAUGGUAUCGUCUCUCGCCUUGGUCGGCUCAAAGGUUUCGCCUUUUGGUGUUAUCUCGCCAAAUGCAAAUGCUUUUUCUUUUAGACAUUUUCACAGACGAGUGGAAGGCAAAUUUCCUGUGAAGAAUUUACGCAACGAUAUGUGCUUCAGGCUAAGCAAGACCCAUAUAUGUUCUCCAUUAUUACUUCAGAAGCCCUCAAAGAGUUUUUCUUCACUCGCAUUGGAUUGCACUGGUUCACACUCAAACACAAAGAUCGACACUGAGAACAGGUUUUUGAAAAGCCUUAAAAAUAUCUCCCUGGAAUCGAUAAAAUCAAGAUUUUCCCAAUUAACCCCUUUUGACGUUUGCAAGUGGUCUCUUUUGUUUUCAUUAGCAAUAGCAGCGUCAAACUGGACAGUGGGUGUACUUAUCAGCCCAUUCUUCUGGAUGUACUUCAGCUUGUCUUUGGUGUUCUGGCCUUGGAUGGUUGCAAUUGGGCUAGCCAUCUAUGGGCUUUAUUGCCUUAAAAAGCAUUCUUGUGGCGAAGCUAACAAGUUUGAGCAGAUUGCCAUUGUCACCUCAGCUUUUACUUGGCUAACAUUAGUCCCACCUGCCCACUUCAACGGCUAUCUCGAGGGGUGGCCGUUGGUGUUCUUUUUCGUGUACCAUUAUUUCUUUUUCCUCAAUGUGAGUGUUAGAAAGCGGCUUUAUGGUGAUUUAUUGCCAAGGAAGCAUGAUAAUAAGUGGGACAUUAGCCUUCCCAAUCGGCAAACGCUUUUAUUCAGUUUGAGUGUUCUGGUUGGCCAUUGGCUCGCAGCAUUUGAAGGACCCGAGUUGAAUCUCAUUACAGGCGGUAGAUGGAUAAAUGCAGGUAUAUGGGCUUUGAUCAUGAUGACAAUAUUCAUGCAAUAUCAUUCUACCUUGUAUUUGGCCAAUUAUUCUGAGAAGGUAGUGGUCCCCACUGCGGUUGUGCAGUUUGGACCUUAUCGGUUCGUUCGCCAUCCAAUAUAUGCAUCAACCAUGCUCUUGUUUGCUACCUUUUGCAUCACGUUAAGGGCACCUUUCAGCACUCUCUUUGUUGUUGCGGUAUGCCUGGUGUACUAUGGUGAAAAGGCUAAAUUAGAGGAAGCCUUGAUGGUAGAGACCUUUGGUGAGAGAUAUUUGGAGUAUGCUAGGAAAGUUCAAUAUAGACUCCUUCCUUUUGUUUAUUAGUUUUAGAUGAUAUGAUCUCUCUGCAUGACCUUUUAUCUAGAGAACGAUGUCUUUUUUUAUUUAUGUAACUUGCCAUAUACAUUCAUUCUAAUGCUUUUGUUCCUUUUUUCUUUAUCCUGCUCUGCUCUCUCCAUAGUGAGAGCCAUCUGACCCAUCUCUAAUCACAAGUUGCAGCUUUGUGAAUCUGAGGUGGUUUCUAACUUCGUUGUCUCAAUCCCCCAGUCCCCACCCGAUGAAAAUCUUGGUUUUAUAAAGUUUGUAAUCCCAUAUAACUUUUUAGUCCAGCUUCUGUUUUGUGUAUAAUUUCUUAUGUUCAUGUGUUGCAA